CCCAUCAUUUUGAGCUUUUCAUUCAACGAUUUGCGCCUACGCUCCACUUUUCUCCGGCCUUCCGAGCCUCUCUUCCGAUAUAAGAUGCUCCAAUUGUUUCUCUCUGAACCCGCCUCAAAUGACAAUGGAGAUGAUAUAUUAGUUGAGCAGAGAAAGUCUCUUCUCAAGGAGCUAGAAUCUGUUAUAUGGUCUUUGAUAUCAUCUGGGCAUCGAUCAGAAGCUCGGCUUUGGCUCUGUGACUCCCUUGCAGGCAUAAGUUCUCUUACCCCCCAUCAUAAGCGCGAGCUAUUUGUUGCCUUGUUAAGGUAUAAGACAGUAAAGCGGCAGCGUCUGGCCGCACAAAUUUUACAAUUGCUUUUUGAAAAGCUGCCACAAAUAGCUGGACCAAUCAUUGCCAAGAAAAGUUACUUGUUGGAAGAUUUCUUUAAAGGGAACUCAGAACGUAUUUUGCAGUGGUUCUCUAAUUUUGGAGGAGCUGGUGAUUUACACAGUAAAGGAGCUAAGGCACUUUCAAAAUUUGCUUUUGUGAAUCGGGACAUUUGUUGGGAGGAGCUUGAGUGGAGGGGAAAACAUGGGCAAUCACCAGCAAUGGUUGCUACAAAGCCUCAUUACUUUCUUGAUCUAGAUGUUGAGAGGACUGUAGAAAACUUUCUUGAAUAUGUGCCAGAAUUUUGGUCAUCUGUGGAGUUUUCUGAGUCAUUAAAAGAUGGUGAGAUUUUGUCAAUUGAUACCAAGUUUUUCAUUGAAAUGUUUCUUGACCUGAUGUACAAGGACAAUUCGAAAGAAGUGUGGGAAGUUAUAGAUAUUUUUCUGAUUGAAGAAUCUUUUUCUUCUCUAUGUCAUCAUCUUCUUGUUGUACUUGAGGAGCAGGAGCUAUCUGUUUUCCUGGAUUUGAUUCCUAGAUAUCUUAACCCAAGGUUGGAAACCAUGAAGUUUGAUAAUCCAUCAUCUUGGCUUGGGAUCAUUCUUUCAAGGUGCCAUGGUAGUAGUUCCAUUGAUCAGCUACUUUUGUUGAAUGCCCUUACUAUUCAAAGCCGUAAACUUUUGCUACUGGUGCGUGAAGAAGCUGAUAUGGAGGAAAAGGAAAAAAUUAGAAGUAUUGCUUCCCAGAUUUGUGCAUUUUCAAAUUGUUCCAGUAGCUUUGCUCCAAUCAUUGAAGAGUGUGUUAGAAGGAAGCCCUUAGAAUUGAUGAAAUUGUUGGGUCUGCAGGCUUGGGCUUUCCAUUAUCAGUUGUUAGAAGCAUUUAAGACUUCUGAUUCCUGGGAAUCCUUAUUUGUUAGUAAUGGCAUAGGUUUUCAUAAGUCUGCAAAGUACUCAUUGUUAAAUCAUGAUGAAAUUUCAGAAGAGAGUGACUAUGAAGGGGAUAAGAGGUCUUCUGGUAGAUCUAAGCGGAAGAGAAAGAGCUCCCGCAGGAAGAAAAAGAGAAGGGAUUUUGACUCAGACGAAGAUUAUGACAAUGAGUUAGUAGAUUUUGAUGGUAGCAGGUUAGAUGUGCAAUCUAAGGCUGACGACUGGUUGCUCUCUACUGAUGGGUAUUCCUUCACUUGGACUAGUGCGGACCUACCAGGUCAUAUAUCAAAUUACUGCUUCUUUACGUGGCUGAAAUUCAUUUUUGGCAAGUGAAGAGAUACUGCUCAAUGUGAUAGCUUAAAGCCUUAUCCGGCCACACGCAAUUUACUCUUCCUAUUUCCUAUUGACCACCUUGUGCAAGAAUUUCAAGAUUACCAUGAAAGGAGGAACCAUUUGAAUGGUGUGUCUUCAUUGAGCUUUUCCAAUUCAUCUCCUUGUCUGCUUUUCUAAGCCGGCUUGUUGUUUGUGGAUCAUCUAAUGUACAUCUGAACUAUCAAGUCUAUGGUGAAAUGCAAACUCUGGCUUCACUGCCGUGCUUUAUUGCAUUUGCAGACGCGAAGCUAGCCCUGGUUCUUCCUUCCUUCGCUGUGAUUCAGGUUUUGGAAGGGCCCAAUGACCUGUCUUGCUAAUUCUCAAUAUACUUGGCAAUGAUAUUAUCAUGAGUGAGAGUAUGCAUGGUGCUUUUCUUCUUUAGGAUAUGUCUGUCAUGUAUGGUUGUGCCUAAUGUCUUCAUGACCAAUUAGAGUAGGUUGGUAGGAUUUGAGAAUUUAUAUGUUGUUGUAAUGUGCAAAUUUGGGUGGGAAGUGUACAUAUGCUUUGAUUUAUAGGGAAGUCCUCAACCGCUACUCGAAGAUGGUGUACACAUAUACUUGGUUCAAUUUAGCACUGCCAAAAUUAGAAUUUUGAAACAUCCAUGAGGCCAUAUAGGGGUAUUGUACUUGCUCUCUUUCACAAUGUGUAUAAUUUUUAGGAAUUUAUUUGUAGUUUUUUUGUUUCUAUUUAGGUUUUC